GUGAUGCACUUUUGGUAGUCUCUGUGAUACACCUUAGCCACAGUCGUAGCUUGACAAGGGGAAAAAAAAACGACAUACCCAUUGAUCCCAAAAUGAAUAUCUCCCUGUCACUUUUCCCGGUGGACGUGAGUUCACCAGAGGAAUUCCCAGCACUCGUUCAUCUCUUGUCGGCACACACGCCAUAUUCCCUGACCGUGCUCGGAAGUGUUCUGAAUUCAGUCAAUUCGCACCCUCGCAGCAGCACCAUAAGCGCUGUGGACCCUUCCAAGGUGCUAGCAUGGACGUCCCAACCCUUGACCAGCAUCUCGCCAUCGGACCUCUAUUCCGUACUGGUAUUCAAUCCCAUCAGUCAUCAGUUUCGUUAUUUCUGUUCAGCAGAAUCGUCCCCCAGUUCUCCGACAGAGGGAGAAGAGACGCAUGUGUUGAACGUGAUCCGAUCAGUCUUGCAGCUCUCCCUCGUGGAGGCCCCAAAAUACUAUUCAGACCUGCAGCCAUCGAAGACGACUACAAUGGCAGCUCCGACAGAGAGGAACGAGGAUGAGCCUGGCAUGGCUCUGAUAGGUGCUGUACAUGAGAAAUGGGCGUCGUGCUUGCGUCCUCUCUCAGCCAGCCAAAACCCGUGCAUGCGAUACAUUUUACCGCCUAUACUUGCAAAUGAAGAGUCGAGCGAUUCAUCUUCUGACUGGCUCAUUUCCCAACUCCAAGAAUCCGAUAUCGAAACUGUGCGCGGGACCUCGCACAUUCCACGCUCGAAGGAGUAUCUGCUGUCACGUUCUCCCUGCUCCGUGUGCAUCAGGGAUCAACCUAGUGAAGGAAACAGUAGUGGAACGCCAGUUGCGUGGGUACUGAUGCAUGCGGAUGGAAGUAUCGGAACUCUCUACGUAGAUUCCAAAUUCAGAAGAAGAGGUCUGGCACAGUUAGCGAUGAGAGAGCUUGUGAAGAAAUUAGACUUCAGGAAAGGGGGAUUCCUCAUUUCAGAGAACGACGAUCUUGGUGGGGGAGCGCUGGGGUGGAACUGGACGGAUACUGACGUGUAUAAUGGUCAGGGAAGAGGGUUUUUCGAUUCCUUCGAUGGUUGGCAAUACGGCUGGACAGGUCAUUGGACAUACCUUAAUGCUCUAUCUCACGAAACGACUUGAUUAGCCCUAGAUAUCCCAAACGGGUUUAGGGCUAGCACCGAAACUACAAUCACUUUCCUCGUUGUUGUCUCUCAAAGCACACUAACUCCAGGGCAUUUAAGUGAUAUGUUCAUGCAGGGACCCAAGAUCAGUCAAGUUUCGGUGGCGUGGCUUGAAACUAUGCAUCGUGCCUUCACGUCCAAACUCAUGGGCAACUCUUCCCUCUUGCAUAUAUCGAAGAAUACCGGUCACAGUAUUUCAUAGCUGAUGCAUGUAUUCACUGUUACCAUCUGACCGUAAAGCUUUCCCUUUUU